AUGCCCCCAAUAUGGGCGCUGUGGCGGUAGCGAGAGGAAUGUAGUAGUCGGCGAAAGAUUAUUUGAACACAACCCAAUAAAUUACAUUGUUUUUUAUAGCUAGGACUGGAUUAUAAAGACUUUAAAUACAUUCCGUAUUCAUCCAUAUCUAAAAUCACCCGUAACAGACCACGGUUUUGUCCCGGCAGAGCCAGUCGCGCGUCUAUUUUGGUUCCUACUACACAAGCACAGUGUCGGAUUGCAUGAAGCUUUUAUAUUCAUAAAGACUUGAAUAAUGUCAACGACAUCGCUGGACAGAGAGCUGCAGGAGAGAUUAAGAGAGGCCUGUGCAAUCGGAGACAUAGACGAGGUGAAGAAUUUAGUGGAGAGCGGAGUAAACAUCAACUCUCAAAAUGAGAUUAACGGAUGGACAUGUUUGCAUUGGGCCUGCAAGAGAAACCACAAACACAUAGUGGCGUAUCUUCUGAACGCCGGAGCCGACAAAGAAAUUCUGACUGCGAAAGAGGAAUUAGCCGUUCAACUCACUUCCAAGCCUGAAAUCAGACGACUACUCGGAGUGGAAGAAGAGGAUGUUCCCGAAGUGAAAGAACCCGAGCUGCCAAUCAUCCCGAACUAUCUUUCCAACCCGCCUUUCCUGUACAGCAAGAUGGAUAAAAACAAUUUGAGCAUAGCACAGCAGGUGUCGCAGAACGGCAUCAACAUUCAUUCAGAUCCUCUGGAGUCUGAACCAGCAACCCUAUCCCCGACACAAGAGCAACAACUUCCAACCCAACAUCAACAGCCGAAGAGUCUUUACACAGACAGCCCGAGCCAGCAGGAGUUACCCUACAUCCCCGUCGUGGAGCAGAACGGCGUAGUGCCGAGCCCUGUGGUCAACGGAGGUCUGCCAAUGGAGCUCUCCCCAGAGACUCAUCACGCCAACCACCAUGAGUUUUCUCACACUCAUGCUAUAGCACAGAACGGGCCAGUGUGUCCAACGCUUCCUUCCCCCAGCGGGAACGCCACUAACCAGCCCCAGGUUCCCAACGGCACCAUUACCCGUCAACAGUCCAUCCCCCAGCAGAUUAACUGCUCCCAGCUCAGCGGCUCUGUGCCGGCCUUCCAGCCCUUUUUCUUCACCAGCACCUUUCCAGUUAAUGUUCAAGAGUUGGUAUUGAAGGUACGGAUCCAGAACAGCACCGUUAGAGAGAACGACUUCAUCGAGGUGGAACUUGACAGACAGGAGCUGACGUACCGCGCUCUCCUCCGCGUGUGCUGCCGCGAACUGGACAUCAGCGCCGAGCACGUGGAGAAGAUUCGCAAGCUGCCCAACACUAUGCUCAGAAAGGAUAAAGAUGUGGCAAGACUCCAGGACUUCCAGGAGCUGGAGGUCGUCCUGGAGAAAAGCGAAAGCUUGUCACUGUUCUCCGGAGGUCAGGGGAGUUUGACCGAUCGGCCCUGCUACAACAUGAAGGCUUCCCGGCUCACCUACUAGCUUCAUAUUCGUGCUACUGUAAAACAAACUGACUCACUGUUUAUCUGGGACCUGCUUCCUUAAAUCCCGAACGCUUUACUCAAUUCGUUCACAAAAUGUGUUCCCGCCUACUUCCCAUUUGGGUCCCUAAUACAUAAGAGAGCCUUAUCCCAACCUAUUUACACAUUCCCGUUAUUCAUUAACAAAUGGAUCCUCAGUGCCUCCUCCAGUGCGUUAUAUAUGCUUUUAACAGUUUUAAGUCUGGAGUGCGAGCUAUUCCCAUUGCCUCUCAGUGGGCCAAUUUGAAUAUUUAAAUUUAUUUAGUUCAUGACCAGACUUAUAUUCAAAUCCACAACUUUUGCAUACUUUCCGGCCCUGGGACGGGUUUGGAUCCGUCUCACAACCUUGCCUUCCUAUCAGGUCACUGUGCAAGUGUUGGUGCGUUCCUUCAACCCCGAUUGGUCGACUGGUCGUCCACAGUCCUGUCUCGGGGAUGCUGGCCAAGUGUGUUUCUUGAUCCGUUAUUGGGGUUUUCUGCUUGUUUUGUUUAGGGGAAGCCACAGUAGAUUUAUUUAAAUGCGCAAAUGCUUUGAUAUUAAGACCUUGUUUUGUUGCCAGACAGCUCGCUGUGCACUUUAACCAAAUCUUGCCAUUAUUUGGGAGGUUUCUUUUUUUAUUUGAUUAUAAAGAAAUUCAGUGCUGUAUGUCAAAUGCUGUUUAAUAAGUCCAUGUAAGCCAAAUAACUUGUGCAGGCUGUUUUAGCACAGACUGUUUUGGAUGAAUGAUCUUGUAUGAAGGUCAAUGUCCCUAAAUAAUGUAGCAAAUUAUUUUCCCCCAAGAAAAGAGCUAAAUAAGAUAUAAAAUAAUAUUGAACCACAGAGAGCUUCCAUUGAUUUUAAUAUUGACCUCUUUUGAGUUUGGCUCUGUGAAUUGAAGAUGCUUAAUUCUCACAUAUUGAUAAACAAGGUGUGUGUUUCGAGAUAUAGCAGUAACAGUAGUGCCAUCUAUAAGCUAAUACUGCAUUCAACUUUUUAAGAUUAGAUUUAGAGGAGAUGCAUAAACACUACAUUGUUGUAAACUAGUUUUUCGACUUGAUAGAGAUUGUGUUAAUGUAAGAACAAUACUCUGAAGUCAUCAUUUCUAAAGAUUUGUCUUAUAAUUACAAAGUUUUUGUAGUUUUGUUGGCGGGUUCGGCUUUAACCAUAUAAUAUUAUUAUUAUUAUUAUUAACAUUUAUUAACACUGCUUG